UCCAAAAGUACACAAACAAACACAGCAGAGCAGAGGGAGUUGAAGAUGCAGUGUUUGGUUUCUCCUCCGCAACGGUCCCUGAAUCUAAAUUCUCGUAGCAAUGAAGCGUGGCUCUCAAUUUCGGCUUUCUUUUCCCAACGUCCUCUUCCAUAUUGUCUUUAUAACAGGAGCAGGUUUAGAAAUGCAAGAGGUCGCGGUCUGAAAUGCGCUGUUGCUAUAAAAAAGGAGCUUGCUUUGCCUUCCGAAGAAACUUUAAUUAGAGAACCACAUAAGUACUUUGAUCAGGUCAUAAUAACUGUUCGUGCUGGAGAUGGUGGUCAUGGUGCAAUCCUCAGUAUGCCAAAUCAGAAACCUCCUCCUAAGUCGAAAGGAAAAUUUGAUAAAGACAAGAACAGGAAGAAAAGUUCGUACAAAAGGGAUUUUGAUGGCUCUCUCAUCCUCCCUGUUGGUGGCCGCGGUGGAGAUGUUGUGAUUUACGUUGAUGAGAGCAAGGAUACAUUGUUGGAGUUUCAUAGGAAGAGUAGUUUUAAAGCAAAGCGUGGGGGAAAUGUUGAUGCAAUGGGUGUCUUGACAUCUCUUUUGCAUGAUGGGCUUAACGCACCAGAUUUGCGUAUUCCAGUACCUCCAGGCACAGUAGUAAAGCACAAGAAAGGAAAAUUUUUGGCUGAUCUAGCUAAUCCAGGUGAUCAAGUUCUUGUUGCGAGGGGUGGACAAGGAGGGAUUAGCCUAUUGGAAAUGCCUGAGCAUAGAAAGAAAAAGAUGAUGUUUUUGACUACAAAUGUAAUGAGAGAUGAGAGUGAUAAGGUUUUAGUUUUUGGUCAGCCAGGAGAGGAGGUUAGUUUGCAGUUGAUAUUAAGAGUGGUAGCAGAUGUUGGUCUUGUGGGACUCCCAAAUGCUGGAAAAUCCACACUAUUAGCAUCCAUUACACUAGCUAAGCCUGAUAUUGCUGAUUAUCCCUUCACAACAUUGAAGCCAAACCUUGGACGCCUUGAUGGUGACCCUAGUUUGGGUGCGCAGCAAUAUUCAUCCGAAGCAACUCUGGCAGACUUGCCUGGACUUAUUGAAGGUGCUCAUCUAGGGAAGGGUCUUGGUCGCAAUUUCUUGAGGCAUUUGAGGAGAACUAGGGUGUUGGUCCAUGUUGUUGAUGCAGCUUCAGAGGACCCUGUGGCGGAUUAUAGAACGGUAAAAGAAGAAUUGCGGAUGUACAACCCUGAAUAUCUUGAACGACCAUAUAUUGUGGUUCUAAAUAAGAUUGAUAUUCCUGAGGCAAUGGAGAGGUUGCCAUCAUUAGCUGAAGAAAUAAAGAGCAUUGGAAGUGAUACUGGGACUGCAGUUCAAUCUGUUUGUGAUGAUGGAGAGAAAGCUGAUGGUCUCUCUUUGGAGAUACCUGAUAAAGAGCAGAAGAUCAAAGGAGUUGAAGAUUACCCACCCCCUCUUGCAGUGGUGGGAGUUAGUGUUCUGAAAGGCUUUAAGGUGAGCGAGUUAUUGACGGAGAUACGAGCCGCCUUGCGAAAUUGCCAAGUCAAGAACAAUGCAGCUUCAGAAUUAUCCGUGGUGCAAUAACAUCUCUGAUGACUGGUAAAAUUAGGAUACGUUUUGUCUCCAUCAAUGCUUCAGAAGCUUGCGCGACGCGACGAUAUGUGUGCUUGGUGCAUUGCUGCGGUGAAGAAACAGCACCGACUCGGUCGGAGCUCGAGGAUGUUGGGAUGUCCGAAGUUACACUUCAGUCAAUUCAUGCUGUAAAAAUGCCAACACGAGGACGGCACUGAUUUUACAAGUGCAUGCUUGGCUGCGCCUCUGUUUUCUGGGUCAAUUCAUGUGGGCGGCUUUGCUGCUUGUUCCUUUUUUCUUCUGUCUCUUGCCUACCUAUAGGCUUGUAAAUGAAACUAACUUCAAAUGUUUGCCAUGAUUUCCUGGAGGCUAUUGAAAUACGAAUUAGUUGAGAUUGUUUUUUUUUUUCCUUGAAGAAUCGACAUCGAGAAACCCAUUGUGCUGAAAUUUUUUGUCAGGUUCUUACUGUAGGUCUACCAAAAUUUUGUGUUCGAUCA